GGACAAUGUUCUAGCUAGAACACAUACUCAAUUAUCUUUUACUAACGUUAGAACACAUUGCUUUUGACUGCUCCUUCAGUAUGACUGUUAACGCAGCAUGUAAGGCUGCGCUUGAGCAGCUAAGGGAGUAUUUUUCUAGUCUAGGGGAUAAAAGCCCUAUCCGGAGCCUAUCCCUGGAUGAAGGUGGUAUAGCUUUCAUAGUUUGCACCCCUUCAGAGCAGCAUCGUAUCACUGUUUGCUGGACAGAGGCGGAUAACUACCCAAACUCUGGAUGCAUCUUGUUUGGCCCUGAACCGGUGUCUGAACUAAGCGAGCGGUUCCAGGACCGCGGGGAGCUGCGAGACGUCGUGCGAGAGGUGUUGCGAGUAUUUGGCAUCCAGAUGGACAUCCCAGGGGCGCAGCAGGCUACUCCAGCCGCGAUGGAAGAGGAUAGUCCAGCUGGUAAACGCAGAAGCGGCAGCGACUCUGGUAUGGACGAGGGAUCCGACGACGACUGGGACAACGUGCAAUCCGGCAGCGAGGACAAUGAUGACCAUGGCAGCGAUGGCAGCAGCGGCCAGUUUGAGGACGAGGAGGAGGAGCAGGAUGAGGAACAGGAUGAGGACGAUGACGACCGUGAUCUUAUCAUUCUUUGCAGCUCAAACAUGGGAAGAUGGGAGCGGCACGAGGCGCGGCUAGAGGCAGCAGCAGCAGCCGCUGCGGAGGGCGAUGCGGCCAAGCAGCAACUCUCCUCCAUGCAAGGCCUGGCCGCCAAGCGCCAGAUCUUCAGCUCCCGUGAGGCCUUCGCCAUGCUGUCGCGCGAGCUGCUGGACUUCCUGCGCGGCCGGCACCUGGACUGCAGCGUGGAGACGGAGGGGGACGACCUGUUCCACUGGGUGCUGGACCUGGGCUCCUUCGCGGAGGGAAGCGGCAUGGCAAAGGACAUGCGCGAGGUGUCCCGCCGCUACUUCUACUCCACGGUGCGGCUGCGACUGCGCUUCAUGCGCGGACUGUACCCCUUCUACCCCUUCGCAGUUGAGGUGGUGUGGCCGCGGCUGGCGGGCCCGCUGCUGGGUGCGGUCGCCUCGCACCCCAUGCUGGCCACCGACAAGUGGGACCCCUUCCGGCCCGUCAUGGCCACCGUGGCGCAGAUUAAGAAGUAUCUGGAGGCCCACGCCCGAGUGGACCUGGACCACCCCGGCAACGACAUCCGCCGCCACCCGCACUCCACCUACUCUCCCCUGGAGUGCGGACUGGCCCGGCUGGAGGCGCUCAGCGGGGUGGCGCCGGAGGGCCUGAGCAGGAGCGAGGCGGCAGAGCUGUACGCCGCACGUGAUUCGUACGAUAAGGACGCUGCACGGCUGCAGGCGCUGGUGGACAGCGGCAACAAGAAGCGCGCCCGGCCUGACGCGGCGGGGGCGGGCAAGCGGAGCAAGGC